CUGUAAACAUUUGUGAAUGUUGUUUCUACCGUAGCGGGAACCCGACACACAUCACUGAUAGCCCUUUUCCACCGACAUGGUUCGGGUGCGGGUUCCUGGGCUGGUGCGAAUUCCUGAACUGUUCUGCAUAUUUCCACAACAGAAAAUGCCUUUCCGGGGUGAAAACCUGGUUCUGCACUGGCCCCAAAAGCUUGCUGGUCUCUAUGCAGGAACCGAUUACAUCAGGGGACAGAGGGCGGGAUAAUGUUUUGUCACCAUGGGAAAGUUUUACCAAACAACAACAGUAGCUACCGUCUGCAGCAAGGAGUACUUCUUCGCUAUAUAACAACAAUAAACAACCCACAAAAUGAUCAGACAUCAAAAGCGUUCAGGUAACAUGAUGAAACAAGUGCUUUACAUGCGAUAUGGUAUUUACGAGGAUCUGAGAUAAACUAGAGAGAACGCAAAGGAAAAAAAUACUCUACGAGAAUGAAGAAACAGCACGAAAUGAUGCACGCCGCCUUCAAACGGACAACUGACCAAAUCAUAAACAUAUUGAAAAACACUUAAGGGAGUAUAGGGACCAUAAGAAGGACAUAAACUAAAGCGACAGUGGACGGAGCAACAAUGUUUUGGACUCACACCGACCAGCCUGCUAACUAACCAGGGCAUUGAAUUCAGCCAGUAACGCUUGUGAUAAACAGUGAAUCGCUGGUGUCCUCUGCAGCUGAUCUCAGACUUUGUCAAAUUGAUAACAAAGGAGAAACUGGUUAAAUUAUAAAAUGAUGCUGAGUCCAGAACAAACUGAUUCAGAUCUACCGUGGAGCCAGUCCGACGCUGAGACAAUGUUGAACGAUAUCAAAGUUGACGGCAUCACAGAUGAGCCCAUAGAGGGAGAGGGCAAGAAGAAGUCUCUGGCCCCGCAAGCCCUCAGCAGGGAAGAGAAGCGGAGGCGCAGACGCGCCACGGCUAAAUACCGGUCCGCCCAUGCCACACGCGAGAGAAUCCGGGUUGAAGCCUUCAGUGUUGCAUUUGCCGAACUGAGGAAGCUGUUGCCAACCCUUCCCCCCGACAAAAAGUUGUCUAAAAUUGAAAUUCUGAGACUAGCUAUUUGUUAUAUAUCAUAUCUAAAUCAUGUGUUGGAUGUUUAACAGAGAACUCAUUCUGCGGACAUAUGAGGACCAUUUAAAAAACAAAACAAAUAUCCUUAUUUUGCAGUUCGUGGUUGGCUCUCUGCAUUAUACCCCCAUGCGAGGUGUAGUUGGAAAAGAAUAAAGCCACAUAACGGCUAUCACCCAGCCAAGUGUUCAUUAGACUUUAAACAAGUAUUAGUGAAUUUAAUGAGAAAUUAUAGGGUAUUGCGAAGAUAAUACCCCCAUUAACUAUAAAUGGUGAUUGCUCAAAGAGCUGUGAACCAUUUAAAAGACUGAGGUCCCUGCUUUAGGCUAUUCUUUUGAUGCAGUAAGGUCGAAAGGGACUUAAAAUAAUUUGAAUAGCCUGGGACUUAAAAUAAUUUGAAUAGCCUAUAAUGUGUGUAUAUGGACACAUCAAUAGAGCAUUUUUCUAACAGGAGAAUGGACAGAGAUAACCCGUGGCAUCAGUCUGUAGAAUUGUGAGGACACUUCUUGAGAUUGUUGCUCAAAGACAAAAUGCAGAUCAGCAUUAAACACUUCUCAUCUAGCUGCUCUAGAUGUUGUCCAAUUAGCAGGAAAUUACAAGCGCUACUUGACAUUGUGACCUUAACCACGUGUAUUUAACUAUUUAUUUGUUAUUUAUUGUUGCAUUACGUUUUGAUAUGCUUCAUUUCAAUUUUUAUUUAUUUGUUGAAAGAUAGUUGUUUAGAUAAAUGUACGUUGGUUGGUUGUAUGUAGCUAAAAGAAAAGUUACCAUGUGUAACUUUUCACAUAGACUUUGUCAUUCACAAUGAUGAGAAGAAAAAAUGUAAUGCAUCAUCUUGCACUUUUAGUGUUUAUUUAUUUGAUAUAUAGGCUAGCCUAUAAAUGUUUUGUAAUAUAAUUAAUUAUGAUAAUCAGCUGUUUAACCAUUGAGUUUGUCAUGCAUUAGAACAACAACUUCA